AUGGCAAAAGCCACGGUCCCUUUGAAAGGAGCAUUUUCAAGUGGACGAAUGGACUUAAAGCUUCCGUUGUUAAGCAAGGACGGAAAGGAGACAGCGUCGACACUAGAAUUAUCAGUCAUUUACAAGAAACCCGCUUCGGCUGCAGGUGCAGCUGGUACCACUGGUACCACUGGCGGUGGUGGUAUCACUGUGAAUCAAGACACUGGAAGUUCUACUGCGGCGGCGGCAGCAGGCGCAGCCGGGGCUGCGGGUGGUGAUAGCGCAAGCGGUAGCCCUGGCGAGUCAGAUAUCAGUGCUGGAGUAUCGUUCGGUGAUGUGUCCGGUGGUAUUACAGGUUCCGGUGGAGUUGUACGGCACAGACAUGAAGCGUACUCAACAAAAGCGGAUGACUACCAGAUCCGAGUGAAAGUCAUUGAAGCCCGUCAACUCCAAGGUGGCAACAUUACUCCAAUUUGUAAAGUGAAUUGUGCGGGGAAAAAUCGCGAGACGCGAGUGAAAAGCCCCACGCAUUCGCCCUAUUGGAAUGAGAUUUUUUAUUUCAAUUUCCAUGAAGCUCCGUCAAAAUUGUUCGAACAAAUGAUUCAGUUCAGUGUGUACAAUGCAAAAAAACUGCGGCAGGAUGCUCUGAUUGGUUCAUUCAAAUUUGAUUUGUCUCUGGUCUACGAACAAGAUCGACAUGCUUUGCUCAACAAAUGGCUGUUACUUUGUGACCCGGAAGAUCAUAUGUCUGGUGCGAAGGGGUAUUUGAAGAUCUCAAUCGUCAUUCUCGGACCAGGCGAUGAGCCCGUGAGCAUGAAAGUGGAUGACUCUGAUGAGCAGGAUAUCGAAGCGAACCUUUUACGACCAGCCGGUGUACAGCUACGACCUGCCGUGCUUAAGAUACGUCUAUACAAGGCGGAAGAUUUACCCCAAAUGGAUGCCGACACAUUGGGCAAAAUCAAGAACGUGGUUUCAUCGUCCAAAGAUGACAAAGAAUAUUGUGAUCCGUAUGUGGAAUUCUCGUUUGCCGGAACCAAGAUGAAAUCAUCGAAAAAGUAUGAGACUGCGAAUCCGGAAUGGAACGAGGAAAUUAUUCUAAACCAUCAAGUGAGUCCAGUCUGUUCGGUUAGUCAUGAUCAACACCCACACAUGAAUGUUGGCUCGAACGACUCAAAAUUCGUGUGCGGAGGCUUGUUGAACUGUCAUCCAAAAACGGAAUUUCUCGUAGCCAAAUUGUGCUAG